UUUAUUCUAAUGACAGAAUUUGAGUUGACGUAUUUGAAGACUAAAAUGGAUUUUUACCACCGUUGAUCUAAACGAAGCAUAAUGUGAAACUUGUCUGUGUAUUUUUGGCCAAACAAACAACAGACCGUUCAAUAUACGGUGUUUGCUGCCAAAAUAUGACAGACGAACCAUAGACGAAUUGUGCAGUCGAGAUAGCAUCAUCACACACAGCAGAGCGCGAAACAACACAGCAGAUUGCGGAUUGUUCCAGAUCGCAGAAUUUCAACAGUCUGGAUUACAAAUUCAACAACUGUCACAAAUCGUAGGAUCGUGAAACGUCAAACAUAGCCAUGAACAGAGAAACUGCAUUCGAAGCCUAUUUUUUGGACGAAAAAUCGGCUGAUGUUCAUUUCAUUUCGGAUGAUCGUCAAAGUGAAGUUCGUGUGCCGGCACACGAAAUUAUUCUGGCUGCACAAAGUAAAGCAUUUCAUGCGAUGUUCUAUGGUUCUCUGCCGGAGGAAGGUGAUGUGCGGUUGCCGGUUAUAGCCAAAGCAUGCAAACAAUUCCUACAACUGUUCUAUCUCACUGAAGUUGAACUCACUUUGAACAAUGAAAACGAAAAGGAAGUGCUUCAUUUGUCCAAUAUGUAUCAAAUUGGAUUGAAUGAAUAUGAAAAUAGUUUAAAGAAAAAUCUAUCGACCGACAAUUUCAUCACAUUCUACGAAUUGGCUCUGCUGCACGAUUUGACCGAAUUGAAGUCUUCAUGCGAAAUCAGUGCACCGGUUUUGUUGUCAGAGGAAAGCGUUGUCAAGAGUACGCGCGAUGAGUUCAAGCACAUUCUGCAAAUAAAGCAAUUGUACGUCGAAAUGGAUUUGGUUGGCAUUUGUGUGCAAUGGGCACAAACCGCAUGCGAAGCACGACAAAUUGGCCCCGAAAGCAUGGACGACAUUGUACAGGAGAUCGGGGAUUUGAUCGAAUGUUUCGAUUUUGAGUCGAUGUCUCGAAAUAAAAUCCGAGAAGUACUGAACAUGUUCGAUGCUGUUUUGACAAAAAAUACAUACCGAAACAUCAUCAACAUUCUGAUGACACGCGAUACUCCAUUCGACGUUGCUUGCGUUACUUGCGUUACUCCACAUAAGGUUGUGUGGUACGCCAAGGAGACAGCGGUACGUUUCGGUUAUUUCGGAACUGGUACAUUGGAUCGACCGAAAUUUUGAAUAUCAUUACAAACGAGAAGAUUACGUUGAGUGCCAUUGGUUUAGCGCCAAUUUAUUGAGAUUUCGGAAAUAAAAGCCGAGAAGGCGAUGCCAUCUACGGCCAAUUGGCGAUACUAAAAAGUAAGGAAGACAACGGAAGCGAAUACACGGUCUUGCUACGAGAAGGCUUCAACAUUGUGCCCUUUGUUGACGGAAAAAAUGAAGUCAACACGGUACAUACGCAUCGAUUUGCAACGGCCGUGUUGUUGGACUCAAACCGAAAAUUCAAAAUUCAAGUGCAAUUCAUGAAUCCAAACAAAGGCUCGAUUUAUGGCCUGUCCAAACUGAUCGAAAUGGGUAAACAAGAGCAUAACCGAUCAUCAGACGAUCCAACUGAAAUUGUUUUCAAUGGUUCCGGUACGAUCGCAUAUUUGGGCAUUGGCAGUGAUAACAAUAGACUUCAAAUCAACCCGCCAAUGAUGAUGGAGAACUCUCUUUGAAUCGAAGUAUGACACUAACAGUUGAAUCUCAUUUGUAAUGAAUAGGAAAAUGUGCCAAAAUGAAUGAAUUAGAUUACACAACUAGAUUAUAAGAAAACAGUCUCCUCAAUAGCUAGUAUUAAAAUCCCGAUCGAAGAUCUGCAAAUUGAUAUUCUGCGCACUCAAUCAUAUACAUUGUAUUGAAGAAGGAGAAGAAGAAGAAGGGAAAGCUAAAAAAUAAAAAUCCAUCAAAACUUCAUAAAA